CAGUCGGGGCCCGGCACACUCCCCACGAGGCCAGCGCCCACGCCCCUCUCCUGUCCAGCCCCUGCCCGCCUGGACAGGGCCCCGGCCCGCCCGUGAAUGAGCCACAGGACCUCCUCCACCUUCAGAGCGGAGAGAAGUUUCCAUUCCUCCUCCUCUUCUUCCUCCUCUUCCUCUUCAUCCUCGGCCUCCCGCGCCCUCCCAGCCCAGGACCCACCCAUGGAGAAGGCCUUGAGCAUGUUUUCCGAGGAUUUUGGCAGCUUCAUGCGGCCCCACUCGGAGCCCCUGGCCUUCCCAGCCCGUCCCGGGGGGCAGGGCAACAUCAAGACCCUGGGAGACGCCUAUGAGUUUGCAGUGGACGUGAGAGACUUCUCCCCCGAGGACAUCAUCGUCACCACCUCCAACAACCACAUCGAGGUGCGGGCUGAAAAGCUGGCUGCCGACGGCACUGUCAUGAACACCUUCGCGCACAAGUGCCAGCUACCGGAGGACGUGGAUCCAACGUCGGUGACCUCCGCUCUGCGGGAGGACGGCAGCCUCACCAUCCGGGCGCGGCGCCGCCCACGCACAGAGCACGUCCAGCAGACUUUCCGGACGGAGAUCAAAAUCUGAAGGCCCCCUCCCUCCCCUGCCCCCACCCCUGUCCCCACUGGCCUACAGUGAGGUCGUCCGAACCCCUUUGCGAUACCCCAGGACAUCUCAGCCAGGUGCCAGCCCCGCUACCCCCCAGACCCCAGGUGGGUCAUCCCCCCAAACUAGGGUCCUUCACUCUGCCCAGGGCAGACAUGGGACCCCCUUGCCUGGCCUCACCUGUGGCCUCCAGAUGCCAAAUAUGGUCUCCAUCACUUAAUCUAGAGCAGGGACUGGGGUGAAGAAGGGCCACCCCAAAGGAGGGAAGGGACACAGGAAUAAGCAGGGUCUCUGGGCAGUGAUCUGCAGGACAGACAGACAAAUCCUUUCAUCUGCGGAGUCUCGGGAGGGCAGGGCAGGGCGUCGGGACCUGGGGCCCCCUUGACUAAGGAGAGCAGGAGAGGCAGGCGGAGGUCACGGACAGGCACCCAGGGAAGUGGAACUGCCCGGGGCUCAGGGAGGCCUGAAGGAGGAAGCACGAGGGUCACCCUCCCCUCUGCUAUUCAACCCCAAACCAGCUGGCAGAUUGCCUGCCCGCCCUGUGCCCCCAGCCAGCCAGCCUGCCAGGGCAGGGCCAGCUUGCAUCCGUGUAGAGAUGGGUUUUUCCAGUAUGGCUGGUUCAUGAUAAACUGUGAAACCCCUGCUGGAGCCUCCGGGCCAGGCUGGGGUGAGGGUGGGGCUGGUCCUUCUCCCUCCCACUCUGUCCUGCUCCACUGCAGACAGGACGGCCCAGCCAAGGUGGGGCUAUGGGGCCUCAGCAUGGACCCCGCUCUCAUGACCUUCCCUGACCUUCCCCUCGGGGCAGUGGCCUCCACAUCCGCCCCUCUUUCUCAGUCCGUGUUUCUACAGGACAAGCUGCCACUGUCCUUCAGAUACUCACUUUACGGCUGGUACGGCCACAUUCAGAGCAUCCUCAAGUCAGGUUUCUGGUCUCCAUCUUCUCAGAGGGGAAGCCGCGUCUCUGAGCCUCUGGGUGUCUGGCUCUGUGGCCAAAGGCUGGAUCUGAACCCAGGACGGCGGUGCUGCCCACGGCCCUGGCCUCUGUGCUCUGAGCAGUGUCCCCUCACUCUGCCCCCCAGGGCUAUGUGCUCUGCGGGAGUCACAGGAAUAGGCCCAUCCUGUCCCAGUGCCCUCAUCACCCCUAAUCCAGGCAGGGACCCUCUCAGCCUUAACCCUGGAGACACUGGCUCCCUGUCUCCCUGGUCAGUGUCCCCCACAGGGACGCAGUGAACAGGGAGGAGUGGUUACCGGGUAACUGAGGGCCCCAGGACAAGCCGCAGGGCCAGCCCCUGCCCUCUGUGCCUCUCGGGUCAGCGUGCUGGAGGGAGGCCUCUCACUCCGCCAUCUGGGGCCCUUGGGCUAGGAGGGGGCAUGGAGAGAGCUGGCGCUGUACCCCUACCCACAAUAAAAGAGUACCACAGACCU